AGAUGAAAAUGACAAGAUAUCAAAAGUCCUAAAGGAAAAAGGAGAAAUUUCUACUGGUAUGAUUAGGACAUACUUUAUUUCUUGUUGCAAUUUUUUAAUUUCUGUAAUUUAUAUUCAAUUUGUAGAUUUAAUCUCCAUGGAUAGCAGUGAACAAGUGAUUAAAAAUAUUUCGUCAAACGAACAAUCCGAAAGUGAUUCAAAAGCUUUUAGGAAGAGAAAUGCCGAUCUUAUUGAUUUUAAAAAUAACGGUGACUCGAUUGUUGGUGAGCAAAAAAUGCCGAAAACAAAUAAAGAUUCUUCCAAAUCAAGACAAUAUAUAUAUACCGACUCAGAAGACAGCGAAACAUCAGUUUCAAGGAAUUAUGUUAAAGGACUAUUCAAUACCAACAACAUAAUUGCAACUGAACAAAAUAAUGAAUAUUCUCAAAAUUAUAAGGAGAGAAAAACAAGUAUUAAUAAACUGCAUAACUCCACUGAUGAGUUGGAAUCAAUGUCGAUGAGUAGAGUUGAACAAAAUUUAUUUAUAACAGAACAGUAUGCAAUUGAACCAAAAUCUGGAUCUUCAAAACCAUCGAAAACGCAAGAAAUCAUGAUUGGUCGAACUGAAAUUCCGAAGCAGCCGAAAUUAGUGCCGAGUAAUGAAUUUUAUGGAAAAUUAAAAUUUAAUUGUAUAUAUAAGUUUAAUAGGGUAUCUAGCGAACAGGGAAACCGGGAAUUUAGUACGACAGUGAAAAACUAGAAAUUUUCCAAAAAGAUUCUGAAAUUUCUAUAACUAGUUCUGUCAAUUCUUUAAAAAAUAAAGU